CAAUUCUCAUUCCCCUCACCUUAAACUUUUGGGCUUUGGUUUUUCGACAGAGUACUCACUGUCCUCUCUCUCUCUCACACACACACAUACACAACAAAUACCAUUCCUUUUGGCUAUCUUUUCUCACACCUUCAACAACAACAACAAAGUAUCUCAUUGAAGCAAAAUCAUAGUGGUUUGAAGGCUUUCCUAUCAUGGAAAAUCAACAACUCCACCUCCAUCAUCAUCACCUUGAGUACCAGCAACAACAACAACGUCAACCCAAUUCCAUGAAGUCAAGAUUCAGACGUGUCUGUGUCUUUUGUGGUAGCAGUCCAGGCAAGAAUCCUAGCUACCAGCAUGCUGCUAUUCAGCUUGGCCAACAACUGGUUGAAAGGAACAUUGACUUGGUUUAUGGAGGAGGAAGCAUUGGCUUGAUGGGGUUGGUCUCUCAAGCUGUCUUUGAUGGUGGUCGCCACGUGUUGGGGGUAAUUCCCAAGACUCUCAUGCCAAGAGAGAUCACAGGCGAGACAGUAGGAGAAGUAAGAGCUGUGUCAGGAAUGCACCAACGUAAAGCUGAAAUGGCUCGCCAAGCUGACGCCUUUAUUGCCUUGCCAGGUGGUUAUGGAACCUUGGAAGAACUCCUGGAAGUGAUCACUUGGGCUCAGCUAGGAAUCCAUGACAAACCUGUGGGACUGUUGAAUGUUGAUGGGUAUUACAACUCGCUUUUAUCAUUCAUAGACAAUGCGGUGGAUGAAGGUUUCAUAGCCCCAGCUGCCCGUGACAUAAUUGUCUCUGCCCAAACUGCCCAAGAACUCAUGUGCAAGCUCGAGGAGCAUGAACCUAAACAUUCAGGGGUGGCCUCCAAGCUCAGCUGGGAAAUGGAGCAACAAUUGGGUUUCACUUCUAAAUCUGACAUCGCUCGUUGACCCCACCACCACCAUUCACACAUGAUCAACAAUUUUAUGACCGUAGAUUCUUAUUACAACAACAACAACAGCCACCUUGUAGAUGCAAGCACCACGUAAAACCCCACAGUUCUCUUUUAUUCAGCUGUGGAUCAUGCUGUGAAUUUCCUUUUUUUGUAUUGUUGGUUUGAUUUAAUUAGAAUAUUCUGACCAGGACAAACAGUGUGAGUGACUUUAUUACCUUCCCAAGUCGGUUAUUGCUAAUUGUGAAUAUUUUAUUGUGGCUUUACUUUGUUGAA